GCGGCCGCGUACACAGCUGCGGAGACCCAGCCGGGACAUUCAGGGUUUCCGCCCGGCUCAGCCAGUGGGGGAUUCCGCUCUCUUUCUUCUCCUCUUCGGGCGCCGGGGCUGCCUAUCGCUCCCUUCCUGCAGACAUGGCUGAGGAAAAGUAUGAUAAGCCUAUAAUAGAAGAAAAUGUUUUUGAAGCUUUGGAAAAAGACUUCCAAGACGUCAUCAGUGAACUUACAGGAGAUCAAAGCCUGGAGAAAUUUCGUGUGGAAUACGAGAAGCUCCAUGCAGUGCUAAAAAAGUCCUAUGAGAAUGAAAAACGUCUCAUGGCAAAAUGCAGGGAACUGAAUGCAGAGAUUGUGGUGAAUUCGGCUAAAGUGGCUACUGCUCUAAAGCUCUCACAGGAUGAUCAGACAACAAUAACAUCAUUGAAAAGGGAGAUCGAAAAGGCUUGGAAAAUGGUGGAUGCAGCAUAUGAGAAAGAACAGAAAGCAAAAGAAACCAUCAUGUCUCUUAAGGAAGAAAUUUUGAACUUAACUAAAUUAGUAGAACAAGGAUCUGGAUUGUCAUUGGGUCAAGAGCACAAUUUGCGGGAAUUGUUAAAAUUUAAAGAAGAAGUAACAAAAGAGAGAGACCAGCUUUUGGCAGAAGUUGUAAAGUUACGUGACAGUGUAGCAAAUAUGGCAGAUCAACAGCAAGAGGCAGAAAAGACAAAACUUGAAGCAGAAUCUACUAUUGCUCAGCUCCAUCAGGAAAUCCAGAUGCGUCAAAAUGAGGCUUCACGGGAGACACGAAAGAAAGAAAAAAUGGAAAGAGAACUGAAACAACUUCAGAAUGAUUUAGAGUUCAAAAUGGCUGAUAUAAAGACAAUGCAGCAGGGUUUAAAUAAAAGCAAGGAAGAACUCCUGAAAUGUGAACAGCAACUGAAGGAACAAAAGAUUCUGAAUGAAAGAGCCACAAAAGAACUGGAACAAUCUACAGCAAGAAAUACCAAGCUUCAGCUAGAGAAUGAGCAACACAGUCUAGCCAUUGAACAACUAAUGCAGGAGAAUCAGCAGAAAACCACUGAACUGAGAGCAAGAGAAGAUGAAGUGUCUCAGAUGCGUCAGGAGAUUGCAAAGCUAACCAAAAUGAGAGAAGUAAUGCAGCGAAAAUUACGUGUUGUCGAGGAGAACAAAACGCAGGCAGAAUGUGAAAGGGACACCCUUAAAAAUCAGAUAACUGGACUGGAAAAGGAACUGGAAGCUGCAAAAAAGCAAGCAGAGGUUGAUAAGAAGGCUAUAGAUGAACUGGUGAGAGAAAGGGACAUCCUGAACAAGAACUUAUUGAAGGCUGCUAGCGUCACCCAAAAACAGAUGAACCUUGUUAAGCUCCAUGAACAGUCCAAGAAAAACCUAGAAGAAGAAAUUCAGAAUUAUAAAGAUGAAGCUCAGAAACAGAGGAAGAUUAUAUUUCAGCUGGAGAAAGAGAGAGAUCGUUACAUUAAUGAAGCUAGUGAUCUCACACAGAAGGUCCUUCAUCACAUGGAAGAUAUCAAACUACGGGAAAUGCAGAUUUUUGAUUACAAAAAGAAGAUAGCAGAGUCUGAAACAAAAUUAAAACAGCAACAAAAUCUGUAUGAAGCUGUGAGAUCAGAUAGAAACCUCUAUAGUAAAAACUUAAUUGAAGCUCAGGAUGAAAUCAAUGAAAUGAGAAAGAAGUUAAAGAUUAUGACACACCAGGUUGAUCAGCUGAAAGAAGAGAUUUCUGUCAAGGAGGCAGCUCUUGUGAAAGUGCAUCUGGAUCACCAGCGGAUAGAAAAAGAGAAAGAAGCCUUAAAGGGUGAACUACUUAAAAUGAGACAACAGGCUCUGGAGACAAAGCAUUUUAUUGAAAAACAAGAGGAAGAAGAAAGAAAGCUCUUGAAAAUUAUUUCCGAAGCUGAUGCAGAAAGAUUAAGACAAAAGAAAGAAUUAGAUCAAGUUAUUAGCGAAAGGGACAUUCUGGGGAGCCAAUUAGUUCGUCGUAAUGAUGAAUUGGCUCUUCUGUAUGAAAAGAUAAAAAUUCAGCAAUCAAUUCUCAACAAGGGAGAAAUACAGUAUCGACAAAGAAUAGAAGACAUCCGAUUACUUAAGUUGGAGAUAAAAAAACUUCGGCGGGAAAAGGCCAUACUUGGCAAGAGUGUAGCUAAUGUGGAAGAACUAAGGCAGGAAGUUUAUCAUAUGCAAAAGGAGUUAUUGAAGGAACGGACACGUUGUAGAGCUUUGGAAGAAGAGCUGGAAAAUCCAAUGAAUGUUCACAGAUGGAGAAAAUUAGAGGCCAGUGACCCAAGUACUUAUGAGUUGAUACAGAAGAUACAUGCACUUCAGAAACGACUUAUCAGCAAGACUGAAGAAGUUGUUGAAAAAGAAUUACUUCUCCAGGAGAAGGAGAAAUUGUAUGUGGAACUGAAACACAUUUUAGCUCGUCAGCCUGGGCCAGAAGCAGCAGAACAAUUACAGCUAUAUCGACACACACUGAGGGAGAAGACAAAACAGCUUAAAGUUUUAUCUUCUGAGCUGAAUAUGUAUGAAUCACAGAGUCAAGAAUACAAAUACGAGAUUGAAAGACUUGCAAAUGAACUUCUGAAUAUAAAGAAGAAAUAUCUCACUCAAAAACGCAAGGAGCAGGAAAACAGGGAAAAGGAAAAAGCCUUGAGUAACAUAGAACAUGACUUCUCAGGACAAAGAGCCAGAGUUCCACGCUUCACUGGAGGUGGUUUCCCGCUUAGCAAUCCACCUCCCAAAAUUGUGGCAUAACUAUAGCAUCAAGACAUAAUGUCACAUGUUGGGGCAUCCCCCUACAGUAUAUUGCUUUUUCACAUAUUCUUUGUUUCCAAAGAUCUCUGUGUUCUUUUUAUACAACUCUGGCACAGGCACGUUCAUGUGAAUUGGAUUCUAUCCAUAAGAAUUAUACAUCUUACUGCAUUGAUAUGAGUGGAUAAAAAACAAAAAUAACAGCAACAUAAUCUUAUAUUGCAUUUUAAAAAAUGCUUGAUUUGGAAGUUAGUUCUCUUGAAGUCAAUGGAUUGCAAAAAAAAUUAUACACUGAGGAUUGGAUUAAUACAUGCAGUUUUAAAGCUUCACUGCUCCCAACUACCUCUUCUUGAAUUUAUAUCUUAAUA